AUGUUGGAACUCACAGAGCAGGUCUUCCUGAUUCUGGUUAUCAUUCUUUUUCUCCUAGGUAUUCUGGGCAACGGUUUCAUUGGGUUGGUCAAUGGUGGCGGCUGGUUCAAGAACAAGACACUUUCUUUGUCGGACUUUAUCAUCACUUUCCUGGCUCUUUCUAGGAUCAUUUUGCUAUGGAUUCUCCUGAUAGAUGGUGUUUUGUUGGUGUUGCCUUCCAAGGUACAAGAUGAUAUGAUUUUAAGGGAAAUGCUGGGAAUUUUCUGGACAUUUACAAACCAUCUGAGCAUUUGGCUUGCCACCUGCCUCAGUGUCCUCUACUGCCUGAAAAUCGCCAGUUUCUCCCACCCGACCUUCCUCUGGCUCAAGUGGAGAGUGUUCAGGGUGGUCUUAGGGAUGCUGCUGGCUGCAGUGCUCCUGUCCUGUGCCAGCGCCUUGUCUCGGAUCCACGAAUUUAAGAUCUGUGCUGCUUUUAGUGAAAUCAGCGGCACAGGAAAUGUGUCUGAGCACAUUAGGAAAAAAAGUAAAUAUGAUUUGGUCCAUGCACUUGGAAUUCUUUGGGACCUCCCUUCCCUAAUAGUAAUGCUGGUCUCCUACUUUCUGCUCCUCGUCUCCCUGGGGAGGCACAUUCAGCGGAUGCAGCUACAUGGAACCAACUCCAGAGAUACAACUACACAGGCCCACAGGAAAGCCACCAAAAUCAUUCUCUCCUUUCUCUUUUUCUUUCUACUGUAUUACAUUUGCAUUUUACUUUCAUUUUUCAGAUUUUUCCUACCCGGACCAACAAUGGUUAAGAUGAUCGGAGAAGUAUUUUCUGUGUUUUAUUCAGCUGGCCACUCAUUUAUUAUUAUUUUAGGAAGCAACAAACUGAAACAGACAUUUGUAAAGAUGCUUUGGUGUGAGACUUGUCAACUUCAGAUUGGAUCCAAGGAAUCCCUUGCCCCUUAG